AAGAGUCCUGGAACAUGAUGAUGUGUGUUUAUGCCAGAGAUUGAACAUAUCCUCAGAUUAUCGUUAUUUUUUCUUUUAUUCUUGAACGAAACUCUUUGGUUUUUCAGUAAUGGACCAGAAGAAGACGGUUAUCGUGACAGGUUUCGAGCCAUUUGGUGAACAUGCUGUUAAUGCCAGUUGGGUGGCUGUGCAGGAGCUGGAGAAACUGGGUUUGGGGGACGAUAUAAACCUCCAUGUUGCCGAAGUUCCUGUGGAGUAUCAGGCGGUCCAGAAUCUUCUGCCUUCUCUAUGGAAAGAUCAUCUUCCACAAUUAGUGGUCCACGUGGGUGUGUCUGGGAUGGCGACUACAGUGACACUGGAACAGUGUGGUCACAACCAGGGCUACAUGCGGAUGGACAACUGCAGGUUCUGUCCCGUGUCCCGCUGCUGUGUCGAUGGAGGACCAGACUGCAUUCAUUCAGUCAUAGACAUGGACAUGGUCUGCAAGAGAGUCAACUCCUCCGGCCUCGGGGUCUCUGUGUCUGUGUCGAAGGACGCGGGCAGGUAUCUGUGUGACUACACCUACUACAUGUCUCUGUUUGUGGGCGAGGGCCGGUCGGCGUUUGUUCACGUUCCUCCUCUGGACAAACCGUACAGCGCGGAGGAUCUGGCCCGAGCGCUCCGAGCCGUCAUUCGGGAGAUGUUGGAGCACAUGGAGUCACAGCAGACACACACGCACUGCCUGCACAACCCGUGAGAAACGCACAAAAACAUCACUGCUGUCGUCUGACACUCCUGUGAUGCAUUCUGGGGUCGGUUCAGGGGUUUGAGAGGUUGGUGCUGAACUCAAACUUACAGCUGGACAGCAGUCCGGAGAGCACUUUAAUGGGGUAUGCUUGAAAACAUGCAGAGAUUUGGUGUUUUGAGGGGGGAAAAAAGGAGGACAUGUGGAUAUAAUGUGAACACAACCAUAAUGUGUACUACCGGUCAAAAGUUUGGGGUCGUUUUUUUUUUCCUCAAUGUUUUUGGGACAUUUAUUAAAUGUAAAAUAAAAAGAAAAGUUUAAUUGUUAAAUACUUAUUUAAUAAAUAUUUAAUAAUUAUUGUAAGUAUUUUCAAAUGAAAUUAUUACUCCAGUCAUUAUUGCUUUUAUUACUAUUACUAAUAAUAAUAAUAAUAAUAAUAACAACAAUAAUAAUUAAUAUUGGGCCUGUUUCAGUAAGGAGGUUCAACCAACUUCGGGUUUAAACUUGAACUCUGAGUUGAUUUGUCGAGAGAUUAAAAACUCAGAGUUUUCGGUUUCAGAACAGCUGAUCUGAGUUGGGUCAAUCAACUUUGAGUAGACCAACUCUGAGUUAAGCUACGGUCACACCGGGCUUUGUGCAUGCGAAAUUCUGUCGUGCGGCGCUGCGAAAAGGGGCGGGAUUAAACAAGAUGAUUAGACAUUAAUAAAGCGAGAGAUUUGCUCCAUGCUUUAAAUUUCUGUCCAGAGAGGUCAUGUUUUGAUCCUCGAUUGGUCUCAUGCAGUCAAGUGAUGCGAUUUCGCAGGUCAGAGUUCACCAAGCUUGAACUUUGCACCGCAGCAACUUGCGAAACUUGACGCAUGACCCUGCGUUUCCAGUCUGAUGCAUUCGCGUGCUUAUGAAUGGAAGUCUAUUGGAGGAAAAGCCCAGUGUGACCGCAGCUUUAAGCGUGCACACCGCAACUAUAAAAAGGCAUUAUCAAUAGAGCGCGGAUAUUACGAGUGACUAUGGAAACGUCUUUAAAAAAAGAGCAUUUCUUUAUGUAACCAGCAUUUCUGUCUCCAGCUGAACUUGAUGUGCUCGUGCAGAGUUGUAGCAAAUAUAUGAGCAUAUAUUUUAAAAAGCAAAACCUCCGCAUCAAUGAAACAGAGACAGUCAGCAUGGGAAAACAGCUGCUCAAGUUAAUGCGUAAUUUUACAUUUAAAGUAUUUAAGUAUAAUGAAAUAUGUUAUGUAAUGUGUGACGUUUAUCAAUUUUUUUACACAUGUUCCCACUUUUAUACACGUUGAUCAGUUUUAAUAGAUGUAAAAGUGCACUUGUGUGUCUGUCUUUUUAUUGAUCAAGUGAUAGAGGUUGAUAUGAUAUUUAGAAUGUAAGCAGUAAAAUGGUUUGUUGCAAAACUUUCUGUCGUACACCACACCCACCGAACAUUGGUACCCUAUUUGGCAGUGGAAACGCAAGCCUGAUUAAGGUGACCCGUACCGUACUGUACCCCUGAGUGGAAACGGGCAAUUCGAGUGAUUCCGAAGACUGGAGUAAUGAAGCUGAAAAUGUUUAAUCUUUAAAAAUCACUGAAAUAAAUUAUUAAACUAUAAACUACUUUUAAACUGUUAUUUUAAAAUGCAAUAACAUUUCACAAAUUUUACUAUUUGCACUGUAUUUUAUAUCAAAUAAAUGCAGGCUUGGUGAGCAGGAGAAGCUUAUUUUAAAACAUUUAAAAAUCCCACUGACCCCAAACUUUUGACUGGUAGUGCAUUUCGUAAUGUUAAAUAUUAGUAGAUGGAAAUAUGGAAAAUUUGGAGCAAAAAUAAAGAGCUGAAAACAGAAUAAUAUUUUGCUAAAAUGAAAAUGGGAGAGAAUAAAAAGAAUAAAUUUAGCUAAAAUAAAAAUGAGAGGGAGAGAGCGCUAUUUGGUGGUGUGCAAAAAAAGAUGUUCUGGAAAUGAGGAUAAAAUAUAUAAAAAAAAACAACAACUGUGAUUCAGAAAGGAUUAAUUUUUUUAUUUUUAUUUUAUUAUUUUUUUUGUUUCUGUAUUCAUUAUUCGCUGGAUUUUGCAAGUCUGUUAGAUUAGAUUAGAUUCAAUUUAUUGUCAUCACACAUGUACAAGUACAAGGCAACGAAAUGCAGGUGCAACGAAAUGCAGGUAAUGCAGAUGAAGCAUUUCAAGCCUCUUUUAUAGGUGAUAAAAAAUUAUAAUAAAAUUAUAAACUUGGAAAAAAAAUGUUAAUUGAACUAAACUAUUAACCAAAAAUAUGUUUCACUUGAUAAACUAAGAUAGUUAAACCUCAAUUUAUGGAAGUAUAUUGAAAAGUGAAAAAUUGGGAACAAAAAUGAAUAACGUAUAGCUGAAAACACAACAAAAUUACCAAAUAUUUUUUCUGCAAUGAACAUGGAAAAUUAAAUAUAACAUAUUUAACAGAAUUGUCUUUGCCGGUUUCACUUAAGCAAAAGAACAUUUAUAAAAACAAAAAACAAAGAGGGAGAGAGAUUUCGUGUUAUGCAAAAAGAAGUUUGUAGAUAUGAAGUGAAAACAACCAUGAUUUAAUUUGAAAGCUAGAUUUUUCUUUUGUUUCUGUAUCCAUUAUUAACUGGAUUUUGUAAGUCUGUAGGAUAAAGCAUUACAAGCCACUUAUAGGUAAAGAUGAAAAUAAAAUCAUAAACUUGAAAUAAAAUUAAUGUUAACUGGACUAAACUAUUAACAACUUAACUUAAUAGUUAACUAAUGGAAAAUAUAUCUCACUGGCCACUUAUUUAGAUACACCUAAGUAGUACCAGGUUGGACCCCAUUUUGCCUUCAGAACUGCCUUAAUUCUCCAUGGCAUUGAUUCAACAAGGUACUGGAAAUAUUCCUCAGAGAUUUUGCUCCAUAUUGACAUGAUAGCAUCACGCAGUUGCUGCAGAUUUGUGGGCUGCCCAUCCAUCAUGUGAAUCUCCCGUUCCACCACAUCCCAAAGGUGCUCUAUUGGAUUGAGCUCUGGUGACUGUGGAGGCCAUUUGAGUACAGUGAACUCAUUGUCAUGUUCAAGAAACCAGUCUGAGAUGAUUCUCGCUUUAUUACAUGGUGUGUUAUCCUGCUGGAAGUAGCCAUCAGCAGAUGGGUACACUGUGGUCAUAAAGGGAUGGACAUGGUCAGCAACAAUAAUCAGGUAGGCGGUGGUGUUGAUGCGAUGCUCAAUUGGUACUAAUGGGCCCAAAGUGUGCCAAGAGAAUAUCUCCUACACCAUUACACCACCCCCACAAGCCGGAACCGUUGACACAAGGCAGGAUGGAUCCAUGCUUUCAUGUUGUUGAUGUCAAAUCUGACCCAACCAUCUGAAUCUCGCAGCAGAAAUCGAGACUCAUCAGACCAGGCAACGUUUCUCCAAUCUUCUAUUGUCCAAUUUUGAUGAGCCUGUGUGAAUUCUAGCCUCAGUUUCCUGUUCUUAGCUGACAGGAGUGGCACCCGCUGUGGUCUUUGUUGUUUCUGUUGUCUUUCUAUCAGCUGGAACCAGUCUGUUCAUUCUCCUCUGACCUCUGGCAUCAACAAGGCAUUUGCGCCCACAGAACUGCCACUCACUGCAUAUUUUCUCUUUUUCAGACCAUUCUCUGUAAACCCUAGAGAUGGUUGUGCGUGAAAAUCCCAGUAGAUCAGCAGUUUAUGAAAUACUCAGACCAGCCCGUCUGGCACCAACAACCAUGCCACGUUCAAAGUCACUUAAAUCCCCUUUCUUCCCCAUUCUGAUGCUCAGUUUGAACUGCAGCAGAUCGUCUUGACCAUAGCUGCGUUCGAAACUGCAUACUUCCAUUCUAUACAGUGCGCUAAAAUCCGUAUGCGAGCCGAGUAGUAUGUCCGAAUUCAGAAAUCAGUAUGCGAGAAGCACCCGGAUGACCUACUACUUCCAGCGAGAUUCUGAAGUGCGCAUCCCAUUCCCGCUGCGCUAUCCCAUGAUGCCCCGCGAGAGAAUUCAUGAAUGGGACUGAAGAGAUACAACUCACGCAGGUAGGUCACGUGACCAUGAUAAAAUGUCAGAUGUAGUACGUCCGAAUUCCAUUCAUACUGUAAAGAACGCACUUUUCUAACGGUUGAGUAGUACGUUUAAAUUCAAAUGCAGUACCUACGGAGUAGUAGGCGGUUUCGGACACAGCCCAUGUCUACAUGCUUGAAUGCAUUGAGUGGCUGUCAUGUGAUUGGCUGAUUAGAAAUUUGCGUUAACGAGCAGUUGGACAGGUGUACCUAAUAAAGUGGCCAGUGAGUGUAGUUAUUUUAAAAAGGAAAUAUGUUUAGAAAAUAUUAGUAAUGUGUAGCAGAAAACACAUUAAAAUGAUUAAAUAUUUGACUUAAUUAAAAUGGGAAAUUUUAAUAUUUUAAAAAAUGUGUCUUAAUUUUGUCUGUACUUUCACUUAGUUUAACUAAAAUAACUUGCAUAAAAUGAAUAGAAAAACAUAAACUAAAAUAAAAACUAAAUAUCAAAGUAUGUUUAUUUUUCUAAUUUUAGUUUUUUUUUUAUUAAUACAACUGAAACUUAAAUACGUUUUUAUAUAAUAAAUAAAUAGAUAAAAUCAAUUGAUUAUAGUACAAAUGAAAGAAAUGGCAAAAAGCCAACAGAAUUAAUACAAUUUUUUUUCCAGAUUCCUUUUUAUUAUAUUUUAACAUGUACAUACACAUUUCCAUGUGUCAGAUCCAACAAAAACCAAAAAACAAACAAAUGAACAAACAAAACAAAAGGCUUCUCAGUAUUUUACAUCAAGAUACAAUAUCACCUCUGUUACUAAUCUUCUAGUAAAACAUUUCCAAAUCCACCACCUUUUAAAAACAGCGUAAAAGGUCUCCAAACUCUAUCAAAAAUUAUGUAUUUAUUUCUUAUCAUAUAUGUUAUUUUUUCCAUUGUCAUGUUUGUUACCAUCUCUUUCAGCCAACAGCCUAUAGUUGGUGCACAUAUACUUUGCCAAUUUAAAGAAAUAAGCCGUUUCGCUUUGAGAAUACAUAUAUUCAUAAAUAUAUGCUCCGUCUUUUUUAACUUGAUCUCCUUGGGAUAUAAAUGAAAUAAAAAAAAUUAAAGGAGACAUUGGUAUAUAGACCUCAAGUAUAUUUUCUUUCACACCUUUCCAAAAGUUCUGUAUUCCUUUACAUUCCCAUAUACAGUGAUACGAUGUUCCUUUAUGGUCCCUGCAUCUCAAGCAAGUAUCUGGAAUAUUUUCAUUAUAUUUAUGCAUAAUACAAAUUUUUAUCAAAUAAAACAUCAUCAUCGUUUUUAUAAAAUAACAUAAAACACACACACACACAUAUAUAUACAUACACACACACACACAGCAGGGAUCAGUAUUGAACACGUCAUGUUUUUCCUGGGAAUAAUACUUCUAAAGGAGCUGCUGACAUGGAAUUGAGCCAGAUUUUGGUCAAAACUUUUUUAAAUGAAGGCAUGAAAGCAUUUGAGAGUUUCCUUGGCUGUGUUUAGGAUCAUUGUCUUGCUGAAAUGUCCACCCUGUUUUCAUCUUCAUCCUCCUGCUAAAGUAGAUGUUGGACUGAAGCAGCUGAUAUUCAUUUACACUGAGGAAGGGCAGAGGGUUGCUGAAGAAUGAUCGAGAGAUUUUAGCUGCUGUCUGGGCUUUCACUGCCGGAAUACACCUCCCUUUCUUCAUGUGUUCAAUACUUUCUCCCUGCAUCAUUUCAUUUUAUUAUGAAUAACUUCAUUUGUAAGCUAAUUAGUUUUGUUUUCUUUGCAUUUAUGGGUUUCUUUGGUUGUUCCCAACACUCAGAUAAAGUUUAAAGUCAACGGCACCUUUAGAAAUAUGUUUUCUGAGAAAAAUAGAUGUUCGAUACGUAUUUUCCUGGCUGUAGAUAUGAAUUUAAAAACAUUCAGAUUAUUAAUAACAACUACUAUAAAACUAUAACUUUCUAAACAUGACAUGAUCAUCUGCAGCUUUCAAAUGUACCCCAGAUGCAGAAAACACAAGCAUCAUACGCUUCACUUUCCCACAGACAGCAGGUGGAAAUGCUGGAAACCUAAAAUGAUGAUAAAAUAAAAGCGAUGAUGUGCCUGUGCUGGACUGUGAUUAAAUAAAGGUAAUGACUAUGUGUAUGUGGUUAUUAAAGUGCCAAAAUGAACACACAGGUUUUAGGAUACAAGUUCAUGCGUAAAAAAAACCUGAUGCCUUUUCAGUGAUCUGAGCUCUGAUGCCUUCAGCAGUCUGGUUUUUGUAUCUGUUUAUUAAAUGAAAUGUGAAUUCUUGAGAUGAUCGUAAGGUGACGUCUGUCUUUUAUCUCUGUGGACGGUGUUUGAGAUUUCUUUUUUUUACCCCUUGAAUUUGUUUUAUACAAAGUGCUGGACUUUUGGACUAUGAUCGGUCCAAAUUAAACUACUCUUUAAUCUGCU